UUCAACAAUUUUAAGCCAAUAUGAUCAACAUGUUAAUGGGCUGCAAAUUAUGGACAAAAAUGGGCAAUUCAUUGAUGUUCAAUACUCAUCACCUCAUUCAUACUUGUUCCUCGUCAGUGACUGUUUGAAAGCAUUUACAAAUGGUAGGCAGCAUUGUCCCCCUCAUCAAGUGAUAUUAAUGGGAAACAAAGAGAGAUAUUCUAUGGGGUUUUCACAAAUUCCUAAAGAAGGGUAUAUCAUAAAAGUCCCAGAGGAACUUGUCGAUGAAGAUACUAUUGCAGAGGCCAGACGUGGCAAUGUUGUUACUCUUGAGAGCUACUGUGGUAUCACAGCCAACACUCCCAACUUGAUUUGACACUGAGAGUUGAUUGUGUGGGCCCCUCUCCUAGUUAAUCCCGCCCUUCCAUCUUGUA